CUUCGGCGGUGCAGGGGCGCUCCGCUGCUUCACCCUUCCGCGAGCAGCGCACACGGCGCAGCAGAGCGUGCAGGUGUGGUGGCACGGGCGGCCCUUGAAGGGCGGCAGUGGGAAGCAGCGGGUGGGUGCGGUGUGCAAGCAUGUGCACUUCUUUGCCAACCCCGCCUGCAAGGGCAAGCCGCUGGGUCAGGUGCUCAAGCCGCAUUACUCCCUUCUGCGCAAAUUCUUCAAUGUUCCCAGCAUAAAGAAGGUCGCCCGAUGGACUUCUGUUUCCUGCCAGCCUGACGUCACCUGCGAGAACACCAAGUGUCCGAACAACUCCACAUGCACCCUAACGAGUGACGGCAAGGGCGUCACCUGUGCAUGUGACGAGGGCUUUGCUCAAAUCAAUGGCGCUUGCGACAAAUGUGCUGCAGUGGAUUGUGGGCCUAAUGGCAAGUGUGUGAAGAAGGAGAACGGGGAUGCAACCUGCGAGUGCGACUCGGGUUUUGAGAUGCCUCCUGACCAACUGCGUUGCGUCGCCUCUGCUGGCUCCACGAGCUUGUCUGCUGCUGCGGCGCUGCUGCUCUGCAGCGCUCGGUAUCAGGGUCGGGGUCAUCAGGGGCUGCAGUCCCAGCGUUUGCAUAUCAAGGUUCUCCUCCUCUUCAAGGUUCUCCUCCUCUUCAAGGUUCUCCUCCUCUUCAAGGUUCUCCUCCUCUUCAAGGUUCUCCUCCUCUUCAAGGUUCUCCUCCUCUUCAAGGUUCUCCUCCUCUUCAAGGUCCUCCUCCUCUUCAAGUUCCUCCUCUUCCUCUUAUUGUGA